AUGACAACAAAUUCUCGAUUACUUAUCGUCUUUUUCCUUUACAUUACCUUGACGAUAGAACUCAAGUUUUCUGCUGGUGCGUUGCUAGACACAGAUGGUAACCAUUUGAAUGCUGCAAGCUACUACAACAUCUUACCCUUGGAUUGGGGUAAAACACUUGGUGGAAUUUCGGAUAGAGUUGUUGCUCCCGAUGGAACAGUUUCUCUUGUUCUCGAUAGGUCUAAGACCUUUGCUGGCUUGCCAGUGAGCUUCUCAAACGUCACUGCAUCAUCAAAGGUCAUCGAAAGAGACGACAUCGUAAUGGUCAGUUUUGUUCUGAGCAAAGAUAAAAAUAUUUUUCCUUGGGUUCUUAUCUAUGAUGAGUUGGCCAAAGUGUGGUUUUUUAGCGCUGGCAACCCUAUCAAUUACCCGGGUCGACAGAUUAAGAACGGGACUUUCCGAAUUUCUUAUGCUAAUUUGGGUUACAAGCUUGUUUUUUGUGGUGAUGCCAAUGCCUCAACUUGCAAAGAUAUUGGGAUAUAUAUAGAUAGCGCUGGAAAUAGCCGUAUCGCUAUCGAUAGACCAGCAAUGCUAGUUAAGUUCAAAAAAACAAGACUUUUCUAG